CCUGUCCCUACAAUGAUAAUAAAAAUACAAAAAUAUUUAGGCACAUUUAAACACGACUGUUUUCUUGCCAUCUCUGACAUCUUUUUAAAUACUCUCCAAACCAAACUCCGAUCAGUCGGACUUCCAGUUCCCGCCGCCCCCAUUUUCCGUUUAUCUCUCUCCUCUCUCUCUCUCUCUUUUCAUUUUCAUUUUCAGGCUCUCUAAUGGCGAAACAGAAGAAACAAGCCUACAUUUCAGUCCCAUCUCAAAUAAUCAGCUCCAUUUCCUCUUCCUCUCUCCAAUCUCUACUCCUUUCACCCAAAAAAGCCACAACAAAGAACAAGAAAAGACUCAUAUGGAAAACCCCAAAGAUCUGGUUUUUAUCUCUCUUUCUCUUUACAUUUACAGGAAUGAUACUUACAUGGCUCAAAUUAGCUCCUUUUUCUCCAUACCCAUGUCCUUUUUCCCAUCAAGAAUCAUCUUUUUCAUCUGGGUUCUCUCAAACCAGCCUAGUUGUCGAACCAAGAAGAGAGAAAGGAGGAAGAGGAGGAGAAGAAGUGAAAGAGUUCUGGAAACAACCAGAUGGGUUGGGUUUUAAACCAUGUCUUGAUUUCAGUCAAGAUUAUAAAAAAACAAGUGAAGAAAUUAAUAAUAAUGUUAAUGGAAAAACAACAAAGUAUCUUUUGAUAGUUGUUUCGGGUGGAUUGAAUCAACAGAGGAAUCAGAUUGUUGAUGCUGUUGUUAUUGCUAGGGUUCUUGGUGCUGUUCUUGUUGUUCCCAUUUUACAAGUCAAUGUCAUUUGGGGAGAUGAAAGUGAGUUUUCUGAUAUAUUUGAUUUGGACCACUUUAAGAAAGUUCUUGCCGGAGAUGUCCACGUUGUAUCAUCUUUGCCGUCGACUCAUCUUAUGUGGAGACCUGUCGAGGAUAAGAAGAUGCCGCCGAAUGCAUCGCCGGAGUGGAUUCGAUCCCAUUAUCUAAGAAAGUUUAGGAGAGACGGGGUAUUGCUCUUGCGUGGUCUUGAUUCGAGACUUUCUAAAGAUCUUCCUUCUGACUUGCAAAAGCUUCGUUGCAAGGUGGCGUUUCACGGGUUGAAAUUUGCUCCAAGAAUCUUGGAGCUCGGUAACAAACUUACUACAAGGAUGAGAAAUAAGGGUCCUUAUAUUUCUCUUCACUUGAGAAUGGAAAAGGAUGUUUGGGUAAGAACGGGUUGUCUUCCAGGUUUGAGCAAUGAAUAUGAUGAAAUUGUAACAAAUGAAAGAAAGCUUCAUCCCGAACUCUUAACUUCUAAAUCCAACAUAAGUUAUAACGAUAGGAAACUUGCGGGUCUUUGCCCUUUAAACGCUUUGGAGAUUACAAGAUUGCUUAAAGCUCUUGGAGCUCCAAAGGAUGCAAGAAUAUAUUGGGCAGGUGGGAAUCCUUUGGGUGGUAAAGAGGCUCUUCUUCCAUUAUCAAGUGAAUUUCCAAACUUGUUCAACAAAGAAGAUCUUGCUGAACCUGGUGAGCUUCGUCCGUUUGAGGGAAGAGCUUCGUUAAUGGCUGCAAUCGACUAUAUAGUAGCCGAGAAUAGUGAUGUCUUCAUGGCUUCUCACGGUGGAAACAUGGGUCACGCAAUUCAGGGUCAAAGGGCAUAUGCAGGGCACAAGAAGUUCAUAACCCCAAAUAAGAGACACAUGUUGCCCUACUUCCUCAACUCAUCGAUCCCAGAAGACGAAUUCAACAGGAUCAUAGUGGACUUGCAUCGUGAAUCGAUGGGACAACCCGAAGUGAGGAUGAGCAAAAUUGGAAGGGAUGUCACCAAGUUUCCUAUUCCCGAAUGCAUGUGCAAUGGCUCAUAAUCAAUAUUUUGAAAAGGGUCGAAUUUUCAUGCUGGCUUCGAGUCAUGAAAGCGAGUCGAGAAGAAGAAAAAUACAUACAUUGCCAGCUGGCUAUGGAUAAAAAGGGGUAAUAGAAUCAAUCCACUUAGGAUUAUUUGGAAAUAGCUUCAAUUCUUUCUUUUGAUUUUUUUUAUUAUUUUCAACUAUAGAUUAAUUCAUUCUUUAUAUUGUAUCCAACUAAUAGUGUAACAUUAUAGGCCAAUUAAUGUGUAUAUAAACAAUUAUGAAAUAAAAGCUUAUAUUUCAAUG